AUGAAUACUCCCGAAUUGCCGGAACUCAUUACUGCUAUCUCGGGGAAUGCAGAACAGCCGGCACAAACGUCAGUGAAUAACCCAGGCCCGAAAGUGGGGAAUUUCUCGUUUGCACCACCAUACAAUCCAGCUACAUGGAUGGAAUCGAAUCCCAUCCCAUCCGCUGAUGCAAUUCUGGUAGAAGAGCCUAACAUCCAGAUCGAUCAAUUCGGCCUAGGGGGGUUUGACCUGAGCGGCUUUGAUGUCCUUCGCCAUAUAGAUGCAGGGCUACGUGAGGAGAUCUCUGCCAUGGAGUUCCAUUCUUCCCAGCGGACUCAGCUCUUCCAAACAACUCUAUCUCAGCCUCUGAGCCAGGGGGCAUCUCCGUCACAGAGCGUGCAGCACCUUUGGUUCACGACGAUUGUCGAAAAUCCGCUACAGACCACAACCCUAAUGCAGAACCACGGACAACCGUCUGAGCUUCUCUCCCCUGAGUCCUUGAUCACUACAAUAAAUGAGAAUCAUCGCCAGAGUAUUUAUGAUCGCCUUCAGAUACUCACAUACGAGCCGACCAUCCCUUCAACCGAUCUUUUGAAUGUGGGCCUUCGUCUCUAUUUUGCCAAGGUCCAUACCAUAUUCCCGUUAGUUCAUGCGGCCACCUUCCAGCCUUGUCGGGACAAUGCAGACCUUGUGAUUGCGAUGUGUGCAAUAGGUGGACUUUUUACUGGAUCAGAUCAAGGCCUUCAACAGGGAAUUUAUCUCUUCGAACGAGUCCAGAAAGCUACAUUGCACAACUGGGAACAACUUCUGGCUAGGGGCAGGGAGGAGUUAACCAUCGCAAUUCAAGGCGCGGCUAUAUCGCAGUUAUUUGGCCUGCUAUCUGGCAGCGCGCAUCUCUUGUUAACUGUGGAUGCCUUCCACGGCCCGCCCAUAGCGUGGUCGCGAUAUUUGCGUCUGUAUUCACGCCCGGUUAUCACUCACAUUGACGCUGAUAUCGAUGGCCACGAGCUUGAAAAGAUCUGGCAUGAUUGGGCUCGUAACGAAGAAAUUGUUCGUGUGGCUCAUGGGCUAUUUAUCAUGGACGCAGAAUUGGGAGGUACCCUGCACCAUGAGCCAAUUCAAAGUUGGAAAGCAUACAAAGUUCCAUCUGCUUGUUCAGAAAGGGCCUUCUUAGCCUCAAACGCCCGAGAUUGGAAAUCAAUCUACUGCGAGGACUUGAAACGACAGCGAGCUAACUCGUUCCCAUCCAAAGUCUCCAAAGCACCAACACCCCCACUGUUACCUAUGUCUCCAUACGUACCUGAGACUAGCAGCUUGACCACUUACGCUGCUUUGGAAAGCAUUAGCUCGCAAGUGCUUCUUCGACGUUCCUAUGAAGAAACUUGUCAGACAAAGAUUGGGGAUAUUCAGGAGUCAUUUGCAGACCUUCAUCAUCAUAUCUUACGCUAUUGCCCGCCAAACAGUCUUUUUCGAAGUGCACAGGAGCCCCUUCAACUCCGUGUUCUCCAAAGUCUGAUAUACAUGGAAGCCCUCGCCGAUUUCAAUAUGUUGGAGCGGGUCGUCGGUAGAGAUGGCCUCAACUUGACCACCGAUGAAAUUGCAAGCGUCACUGGGUGGGCUAACUCUGUGAAUGGGAAGCGUUGCAUCCUUCAUGCCAUCAUAAUCAAGCGGCAUGUGGAGGAGAGGAACAUGACAUUAGAGCCUGCGCUACACACCCCACGCGCAGUGUUUUGGGCCGGGUUGGCUUUAUUUUGUUAUAUCCGCUUUGGAACGUCAACCCACGAUUUUCAACCCUUAACAAGUCUAGACUUUCCGGAAUUCUCGUCAAUGGGAAUUGAUCUACAGACGCUGGUCUCCGAAAUCGAAUUUCCCAACGCCCAUGUUCUUCUCCCUUUGAAGCUGAUAUUCUUUUCAAUGAUUGAUUUCCUGCAGCAUGCUGGUCAUUGGAGAAUCACUAAAAGAUUUGCAGCUAUCCUAUCUGCUCUGGGAAGUUCUGCCUUUGGUUCAACUUCAUAG